AUUCAUUUUAGUCCUCUCAAGUCUCAACUCAUGUGAUUGAACUCAGAUAAACACGAAACCCUAUUCAUAUCCAGUGAGCUUCUUCAGGUAAUUCAAAACCUCCAUUAUCACCGUUCAAUUGACCUAAUUACGCUUCAAGUUUCGUUCAAUCAGAGCUCUGUUUGUAGAACGAAUGAUAUAAUUUGUUCCGGUAGUUCAUCUCGCAUAUGUUUAUUGCUUCAAUUGAUUAACCGGAAUGAUAUGAAGGAGCACAGUGUAACGCUUUAUGCUAUUCUAAGACACAAAGCGAUUACAGCUGCAAAGUGUUUAUGUUAAAAUGUUCUUUAGGGCUUGGAACACUGCCAUAGGCGACAUGGGUUACGCUCUCAGUAGAUUGGAAAUAGACCCCGAUUAUUCCGACAGUGAAUCGUCUCCCGUUGGAGAUGAAACCGACAAUCCCCGAUCUUCAUCACAGAACGAUUUGGAUCAUGAAGUUGCUCAACUAACAAAGAUGAAGUCAGCACCCCAUAAAAGAUUAAAGCGGGUUGUUCCACGGAGAGAGGAAGUUACGGUUUCGCCCGUGAAGAUGUUAGCGGGUCGAGAAGGGAAUUAUUCAGGUCGAGGACGUUUUUCUGCAGCAGAUCGUUGUCAUAUGCUAAACAAAUAUUUGCCUGUUAAAGGUCCUUCUAUUGUUGACCAGUUGACUACCCGGGCUUAUGUAUCACAAUUUUCAAAUGACGGUUCCCUUUUUGUUGCUGCAUUUCAGGGAAGCCAUAUUAAAGUUUAUAAUGCUGAAAUGGGGUGGAAACUUCAGAAGAAUAUUGUUGCUAAAAGCUUGCGAUGGACGGUUACCGAUACAGCCCUUUCACCAGAUAAACGUUUCCUGGUUUAUGCGACCAUGUCUCCUAUUGUCAACAUUGUUAAUAUUGGAUCUGCUGCAACGGAGUCUCAUGCAAAUGUAACGGAGAUACAUGAAGGCUUAGAUUUUUCUAGUGACGAUGAAGUUGGAUAUUCAUUUGGAAUUUUUUCUGUAAAAUUUUCUAAUGAUGGCAGAGAGCUUGUAGCUGGAAGUAGUGAUGAUUCAAUUUAUGUUUAUGAUGUUGAAGCAAACAAACUUUCCCUUCGAAUUCAAGCACAUACGUCAGAUGUAAACAGUGUAUGCUUUGCCGAUGAAGCCAGCCAUCUGAUAUAUUCUGGGAGUGAUGAUAAUCUCUGCAAGGUGUGGGACAGACGUUGCUUGAGAUCAAGAGGAAAACCAGCUGGAGUCCUAAUGGGGCAUCUAGAAGGAAUUACGUUUCUUGACAGCCGUAACGAUGGUCGUUAUUUCAUUUCAAAUGGAAAAGAUCAGACAAUUAAGCUUUGGGAUAUCCGAAAAAUGUCCUCGAAUGCCACUCGUACUCCUGCGUUUAGGAACUACGAAUGGGAUUAUAGAUGGAUGGACUACCCGCUCAGGGCACGAAAUGUAAAGCAUCCAUGUGAUCAAUCUGUUGCCACAUAUAAAGGUCAUUCGGUAUUGCGUACACUUAUACGCUGCUAUUUUUCACCAGAAUAUAGCACCGGCCAGAAGUACAUUUAUACUGGAUCUCAUGAUUAUUGUGUUUAUAUAUAUGAUUUGGUGAGCGGGGCUCAGGUUGCCAGACUUGUGCACCAUAAAUCAACAGUUAGAGACUGCAGUUGGCACCCAUAUUAUCCAACACUCGUUAGCUCUUCAUUUGAUGGAGAUAUCGCAAAAUGGGAAUUCCCUGGUAACGGAGAGAACCCGAUUCCCAUGAAUAAUAAUAAUAGGCGCCGCAGAAGCCAUUUUGAAUAAAUAUUCUGCAAAAUAAAGCUUGUAAGUUGUUUUUGUCACUUAAACAAAGUAACUUAAGUAACAAAUGAAUUGAGGAAAUGACUUUCUGGUGUUGUGCAGUACAUGCCAAUCUUUGUGAUUAGUUUCAUUAAAUCCAAUAGAAAAGAUUGUAUAUAAACUUUAUAUUGUAAGCUAUUUUGUUCACAGGUGUAACUGAAUAUAUGUGGCCGUGUGUAUAUAUUU